GAUGACGAUUAGUCUGUUCUUCGUCGUCGUGCGUUGUUGGUCGUUUGUAUUUGGUCGCGCGUUAUUCGUGUGUUGUGAGAGAAACGAGAGAGAAAGAACGAAAGAAAGGAAGAAAGAAAGAGAGAGAGAGAGAGAGAGAAAGAGAGAAAUAGUGCUCGCCCGCCAACAUAAAGGAAAGAAGAUCAAAGGAAAAGAGGAAGAAAUAAGAGGAAAAGAAAGAAAAUUAAGAAGAAAUAAAAAGGUCAUCGUUUAAGAGAAAUUGGAAAUGGCAUCAGCGGUCUCCUGUCGCGUAAUGUUCCUAGCGAGAUGGUGCGACGUUUCGACACGCGUAUUCACUGUCUCAUCGUCGGCAUUAAUUACAUCACGUAAUUUUCGUAACGAAACAUGGUGCAAAAGAUGGUGGCACUUUUCGCAAAGGAACAUAUCAAUAACGGCGAGAUCGUUCGAACCAAAUCUGACUAUGAUUCUCAUGAAGAAUACUCAUGCCUCGACCGCUACGAAGGACAAAAGGGAGAACACAACUGCGACAUCCGUCACUGAACCAUCUGCUUUCGGAGCAGGGAGCGACAGAAAAAAGAGAGAAAGAGAUCGAAAGAGUCCGAUAGAGAACUACAACAGGCGGCUUUCCACGCCGUCGACGAGAAUGUUUUUUCAAGUUCGGAAUGUUACCGUGACAUAUCAGAGGGGACUGCCAAAUAUUACUUUACCUCUGCCAUCGAGAAAGGAACUCUGCGUAUUCACAUUGAAGCCAAUAACGUGUACCGUCGGUGAUUUCCUCGAUAUGAUCAAAUUCGAGGAUCGUGGUGUUGAUCGAGCGAUCGUUACGACAAUAGACGGUACUCGGAUAGGUUCGAGCAACACCAUAGAGAAUCUUUUGCAAGAUGAUUUUAAAUUAAUAAUAAACGAUGCCGAAUAUACGGUACAACCUCCUAUAUAUCAGAAACAUACCAUGGAGGACAUGCAGAAGCUUUCGGACGUGCAAAUAUUGGUGGGCCAACUUUACGAAACUCUACAGGUACGUGAGUACCAUGCCGACAUGGAGAGACAAGUUUUGGCAGAGUUGGAAGCUAUCAAAUUGGAAUUAGAACCUUACGAAGAGAAGCUGCAGGAGCUGGAGAACGCAGCUAUCAGAAGAGCGAAUCUCAAUGCAUGGAUAUGGUUGGUAUUGAUGUCCAUGCACGCCGGUGGUUUUGCGAGACUAACUUGGUGGGAAUAUUCAUGGGAUAUCAUGGAACCUGUUACUUAUUUCGUUACUUAUGGAACGGCAGUGGGUUGGUUCAUUUAUUUCCUAUUGACGCAGCAGGAAUACGUACUGCAGGAUGUAGUGAACAGACGACGUUUGAUAGAACUACACAAAAGGGCGAAACAGGUUGGGCUCGAUUUGAAUGCGUAUAAUCGAUUGAAGGAUCGUGCAUACGAAUUGGAGAGUACACUGAGAGUGAUACGUGGUCCUUUGUACGAAAGAAAAUUGGAGAUGAAACAAAAAAGAGGAAGAUAUAGUUCGUACAGUUCAAGAUCGCCUAGUUCCUCGCCUAGUCCCUCGCCUAGUCCAAGUCCAAGUCCUGAAAGGGACGUUCCUAGAAAGACGUCAUUGGCAAAUGUCGACAAAAGAGAAACAUCGAAGACACUCGAGUACGAUAAGUUUAGAUAAGUUUUUGAUUCUAUUUACGAAUCAACACCGUAGAUGAACACCGACGUUAACGUCAACGAUCGUUGUUUUCUUGUGAACUGUAAAAAUUAAUCUUAUUGAGGAGAAGGAGAAGGAAAAAGAAGAAGAAGAAGAAGAAGGAAGGUUGAAAGUAAA